AUGACCAAGGUGCAUAGAAGAAGGGCUGCUGGACAGAAAUAUAAAGUUGAAUGGAAUUUCAAAGCAAAAUACAUUAAAAAAUCAGGAGGAAACAUUAUUUCUGAGGCCCCCAACUUGAUAAGGCCAUUAGUUUCACAAGAACAGUGGGAUGAAUUUGUUGCUCAAAGUCUCGAGGGACAAUUUCAAGAGUUGAGCCACAAAAAGAAAGAGUUGCAUGAGAAAGAUCUAUCCCCUUACAAGAAGGGGCGCAUAGGAUAUGCAAGAAUUGAGCAACAAAUGAUCGAGCGAGAGGGUUCAGGGGCAAGCUCAGUUUCACGUCACAGACUAUUCAUAGAAGGCUGA